UCUAUGGAUCAGUUGUUAAAAAUGGCGGUUGAUAGUUGGUUUGUAGAGGUUUUUAAUUUUACUCAGGGAAAUGAUUUAACUUCUAAAUUUAAUAAACCUGUUAAGUUGAAAGUUGAAUAUGAUCCUCAAGGGCUAAAUAUAAUUAUGUUUGAUGAAACAAAUGCAGUGCUUAAUGAAUUUUUGGUUACUUCAAGUACAGAAUGUUGUCGAGUUGGAAAAAGAGCUUACGUUUUUACAAUUGAUGGAGAAUCUAUGUAUCUUAGAUUUGAAAAUGAAAAUGAUUUUAGAAAUUUUAUGAUAUCUGUAACUAAAGUUCAAAAUGGAAAGGGGGCUUCUGUUUUCUCAGUCAGAACUGAAGAUACUUCAGCUAAUCAGUAUUUCCAGUUUUAUGGCUACCUUUCCCAACAGCAAAAUAUGUUACAAGAUUUUGUUAGAACGUACACGUAUCAAAGAGCUAUACUAAGCAAUUUGAAUGAUUUUAAGGACAAAGUAGUGUUGGAUGUUGGUGCCGGUUCUGGUAUUUUAUCCUUUUUUGCCGCUCAAGCAGGAGCUAAAAGAAUUUAUGCAGUUGAAGCAUCUACAAUGGCCCAUUUUGCACAAAAAUUGGUGUCUGCUAAUAAUUUGGAGGAUGUGAUUAAAGUAAUACCAGGUAAAAUUGAAGAAGUAGACCUUCCUGAGAAGGUAGAUGUAAUCAUUUCUGAACCUAUGGGUUACAUGUUAUACAAUGAAAGAAUGUUAGAAACUUAUCUUCAUGCAAAAAAAUGGCUCAAUCCUAUGGGGAAAAUGUAUCCAACUCGUGGUGAUUUACAUGUUGCUCCAUUUACCGAUGAUGCUUUAUUUAUGGAACAGUUUAGUAAAGCCAAUUUUUGGUUUCAAACGUGCUUCCAUGGUGUUAAUCUGUCAGCAAUACAGAGUUGUGCUGUGAAAGAAUAUUUUAGACAACCAAUAGUAGAUACUUUUGAUAUUCGCAUAUGUAUGAGUAAAUCAGUGCGGCACACUGUAGAUUUUUUAGAGGCAGAGGAAACAGACUUACAUACUAUAGAUAUUCCAUUAGAAUUUCACUUAUUAGAAUCAGGUUCUUGCCAUGGAUUAGCAUUUUGGUUUGAUGUGGCCUUUAUGGGUUCCCAACAGACAGUGUGGUUGAGUACUGGUCCAACAGAACCACUGACUCAUUGGUAUCAGGUACGGUGUUUGCUAGAACAACCCCUUCUGGUCAAACAAGGACAGUUACUAACAGGAAGAGUACUUCUAGUUGCCAAUAAAAGACAAAGUUAUGAUGUGACAAUUGAACUUAAUUUAGAGGGCACCACACAGUGUUCAACGAAUACACUGGAUCUUAAGAAUCCGUAUUUUCGCUAUACUGGAGCACCUGUACAACCACCCCCUGGAGUGUCAAGUAUAUCUCCCAGCGAAAAUUAUUGGAAUCAGCUUGAUGCCCAGUGUGCUAGAAAUGCUGUCAAUAUGGUAAACGGAAUGCAAGUAAAUGGGUUGGGAGAGGUGUCCAUGGAUACUACACAGACUGCUAUUAGUACAACAUUAAAUAACAACUUGAUGGCAUUAGAAGGAGAACAGCCCAAUAUUCAUCCGGGAUGCAUUUCGAGCACAGGAAGAGGGCGGGUAGCUGCAAGUCCAACAUCAACACAUACUGCUCAACUUAUUGGUGGAGCUAUUUCACCCUCUUUAUUCUCUACGUCAAAUGCUCCUCAGCAGCCGAUAGUAAUGGCAAAUUACCCCGUAAGUCCAAAUCUAAUGAUUGGAGAUUAUAUGACUCCUGGUAAUAAUGUAGCAAUAUCAGAAAUGCCAACAAUUGUUUUAAGACAUCGUCAGGUUUAACAUUAAAAAAGAAAAGCGAUCGAUUUAAUACUUAUUAGCACGUACGUGUUACUGGUGAUUUAUUAAUAGAUAAUAAUAUUUGA